GAAGACAUGCCACAAGUACAUUCCUUGACUUGAGGACAGAUGAUGUCUCAACAAGGAUUUGGCCCACCUGAUGUACAGCAUAUUCCUUUGCCCCGGCUUGUUGCCCCGUCUGGAUCAGCGCCCGUUCUUGGAGCAUCACGCCCUAGCGAUUCGAAGGACGUCGAGGUCUUCGAUGCCACGAGGGGCGAGGUUUUGCAACGCUCGGCGAAAAAGCCUGGCGAUGCGUGGGAAGAGGCAUCCGAUAGCAGCAAGAGCAGUGAAGGGUUUCGAGAUGUGGAUUUUGUUCUUGGCCCAUCCGAACUCACCGGGAAGUUCGCUAUGCUCGGUUUUUCUCCCGGAAGUGUCGACACUCUCGCGUCAGGACAAAGUACGGUGGAGUGCGCUGUCCUGAGCGAUACUUUACACCUCACCAACAGACUUGACGGACAGCAACUAUCCUUUGGCAGCGCAUUACAUGUCGGGGAUGGUGUCAAUUCUUUGUGUUUGAUCUGUAGCUAUCACAAGCCUCCGAAUCGCUACUGUGCGAAAGGCGUGCUAUGCGACUUUUGCCAUUUCCAUGGUGGCAAGCGCGGAAAGAAGGCUCGGCAGGCAAUUGAAGAUGCUCGGGCCAAAGAUGUGCGAAUACUGAAAGGGGUCCAUUUGUAAAUCCCAGGUGGUGUACGUCAAAGCCAAGGCUGAUUGAUAUGAAUCCGGAGAUCUUU